AUGCGUGACAAUCCUCUCGAGUUUAGGGGUAUCGAGUACGCUCCAGUUACAUAUACGUGACGCAACGUCGGCUCGCCAUGAACCGUUUAUACAAUAUGCCUGCCUUUGGUCGACGGACACUCGAUACCGAGUAGUUUUCGGGUAAAAAAUAUUUCAACUUGUCCAGGAAGGAUCUACUCCAACUUCUCAUCAUGUUCAGGUUCAUGGUCAUCUGUGGUUGUUUGCUGGCGGUGGCACAGGCUGGCGUGAUCAGCGGAGGUUUGCUCGCAACUGCGCCCGCGGCGUUAGCGGUGCAGUCGGCGGCAGCAGGCCUUCCUCUAUCCGCGGCCACGCUCACGCUACCGACUCUAUCAGCGUCCAGCUCCAACGUUAUUCGGGGUAUCGGUAACUUAGGUGCCAUUUCAGCCUACUCCAAGAGCAUAGUUACGCCAUUCAGUAGCGCCAGGGACGCGGACGUGCGCGUUAACAAUCCUGGAAUCGUGACAGCGACCGCUGUGCCCGCGUCUGUGGUCGCAAAUACUGCUCUUGCAGGUCCAGUGACCGCCGCUCUUGGGCCCACGCUUCUCGCCCCUGGACUGACCACUGCCCUCGCAGCUGGAACUGGAAUCACCACUGGCUUAGCGCCUAUAGGACUUAACGGUUUGGCCUUGAACGGCUUGGGAGCGCUAAAGGUUAUCUAAAGGCCACGCUAGAACGACCAUGGAUCGUUGAAGGUCAGGCGGAAGCUUGAUCCUUCGGCUCUGUCAACUACGCGUUUACGUUCGUGACGACGACGAAUCGUUGUCGCGACGCAAACGAUCUACAUGUCACAAGAUGUAAUAAUCGUAAAUCGAAUAAACGUAAAAUCGUUACGAUA